CCCAUCUUUGUCACAAAUCAUCAACAAACAACACGUUUCCAAUGUCGGGUGACGAAAGUCCAGUGGAUUUCAAUGUGUGCGUUGUUUUGCCGGCUGGAGGUUAUGGUUCACGGACGGGAGUGCCUACUCCAAAGCAAUUUUGGCCCAUUAUGGGGAAACCGUUGAUCGCAUAUACUUUGGAAACAUUUAAUAGAAUUUCUUGGGUUCAGAAAAUUAUUGUCACUGUUGCUGAGGAGUAUUCAGAAAGUCUUGAGGAUUUAGUUAGUCAACAUCUGUUAGACAAAGUCCAUGUAGCAAUUGCUGGAGCUACAAGGCAUCGGUCUAUCUAUAAUGGUAUCAGGACACUUUCUUCAGUUUGUGAAGAGCUUGAUAUUAUUCUAGUGAAUGAAGCUGCCCGUCCCAUUGUCAGUGAAUCAGUGAUUCAAGAAGUGGCUCUUGCUGCUCAAAAGUAUGGUGCAGCUGGAAUUGUCCGCCCUUUGGUCUCAACUGUUGUUGCAGUAAAUUCUGACAAUUUUCUUAAACACUCUCUUGAUAGAAAUCUGUAUCAUGCUAGUGAGAUGCCACAGGGCUUCAAGCAUGACAUUAUAAAGAAAGCUUAUGAAAUGUGUACAAAUGAUGACUUUGAGAAUGGAUCUGAAUGUCUACAGUUAGUACAGAAAUAUACUAAUGUUAAUGCCUACCUCAUUGAUGGACCAUCUUCCUUAUGGAAGGUGACCUAUAGAAAAGAUUUGUAUACAGCAGAAGGAACACUGAAAGAAAAGUUUUUAAAAGUUGGACUAGUCAAUAUCCCUGAUUCAAACUUAGUAGCUGCAUUAAAGAGUCACCUGGUUGAUCAUCACAUUGAAGUUUGCACAUUAGACUCUGCUGACCAGCUUCCAAAGCAACUAACUAGUGUAGUGCUCAGCCAGUCCACUGUGAAUUUAGAUGAAAUUCUUGAAACAACUGAGGAACUGGCACAAGUUUGGACUGAAGAGCCAGGACGGUUUAUUGCAGGAGGCACCGUGAUCUAUUUGUUUCAUACCUCUGAAGAAGAUUGUUUUGCUGAUAUUUGGGACCAACUACAGAAGUCAGCAGAAACCCUGGCUGACAGUUUCAAAGAUAGUAUUUCUCCUAUUUUUAUUUUAACAAAGGUCAAAUCUUCAUUGAUAUUUGAAUAUUAAAGAUUGUACAAAUGUGAAACUUGGUUCACUGAAAAAUCCUAGGACAACAAAAAUGUUACAAGGAUUGCAAAGAUUGUGAAGUCUCUUGUUUGGGAAAUGUCUGACACAUAUGCAGGACAGGUGUUUAUUGCUUAAGAAUCCACUGUUAUUCCUUACAAACAAUGCAAAUAUGAAAGAAGACAGAUAUAUAUAUAUAUAUGAGACAUUUUUAGACACUCUUUUUACUGAAUUCCCUUAAUUCAAUAUUUGCCGUGAUCCGAAAUAUGAAAAUAGAAUAAAAGGGCUAAAAUUGUUUUGUAAAAUCCUUAUUUUUACUUUUUUCAAAAUAUUUUUGAUUCAACACUAAUUUUAUAUACUUAUACCCCAUUUGAUUGAUAUAUCUGAGACAUAUUUAUCACUGGUUGAAAGCUAUUAAAUUCUAGAAGACAAGGAAUAUACAUCUAUAUGAAUAAGUAUCUGCAUGUAUACAUACACACACAUAUAUAUAUAAGGUGUAUUUUGCCAGUUGUUUUGACCAUCAUUAUUAUUUGAAUGUUCAUUUGCCCAUUCCGGCACAGGUUGGAUGAUUCUCCAAUACAACAUAUAAAUUCUUUUGUCAGUCUUCUCUCUAUUCAUAUAUAACUCUGAAUGUCUUUUUUUUAUCUUCCUUGACUAUGAACAGAUUCCACCUGACAUCACACUCUACUUUACCAUCCAGCUAAUGCUAUCAUCCCUCCUUCAUAAAUUUGUGGUCCACAAUUGAUAUUUCUGUUCUCAUUUAUAUUUUCCAUUUUAAGCUAAUGACUUGCAUAUAAUUCAUCUUUUUCCAGUCACAAAUAUCUUGUUCAUUCAAAUCUCACUAAGUAUCAUGUUUUUGAAAAUACUCCAUAGUCUUAUAUGAAAGAAAAAAGACUUUUUUGUUGUUAAUACAAACAACAGCUUCUGAAUUUCUAUCCAUUAUUUGCUUUAGCAACUGCAACCUCAUUCCAAUUAUUUUCAUACUAAUUAGAUUUUAUAGAUAAUACUGCUAUAACUAGUCAGCUGUCUAUGUUCUUCAUAGGUACCUUAUCUGUAAACUAUUCUUGUACAUCUUGUGUAUUUGAUGUACUUCUCUGUUAAUCUUUCUGUUUCUUUACUUCUUUUAUAUUGCCAUGGUUUGCACUAAUUAUAUAAUUCAAGUUCCCACACAUUUUCUUUCUACAAACUUUCAAGAUAGAGAUUUUGUGCUCUCUGUUACUAGCAUUUUCAUUUUUGAUAUAUUGAUCUUUGAAUUUUUGACCAUGUUUUUUUCAGCAAUUUUUGCAAUGUUUGCUGAAGCUCUGCAAAGAGAAUCCAGUCAUUCGACUAUAAAAGCCCUAAAGAAAAUUAUGUAAUCCUGAAUUUUUUUUUAUUGUCUUUUGUUUGUUUGAGAACAUUACUUUGCAAUUUGAAUACUUCGUACUUCUCAUCAUCAUUGUUCAGUUUGUUUCCGAGCUAAAUAAAUACAUACUAGACCUUU